GACUGGACGAGGGGCUACGGUAGCAGCAGCGAACAAGCGGCCGACAAGCGCGAGUCCUUCCCGAGUUGCCGGCAAGCAAGCAAGCACGAUGGCGUCUCCCCAGCAGAUUGCGGACCUGGGCCGCAAGAUCUUCCAGCGUCUGCCGCAGCGCAACAUCCCGUCCGGCAACAAGGUCAUCAGCAAGCAGCUCAAGGGCGACAAGGUGGCCUCAUGGUUCAACAAGCCGCUGCUCGUGCGUCUGGGCGGCGACGACCCCAACUUUGAGAUCCUGAACGAGGAGCGCCUCGGCAAGCUCGACCAGAUGAAGCGGCGGGGCAAGUCCAUCCCCAAGAAGGGUGCAGGCAAGCGUUCCAAGAAGUAGAGCGGUGGGGAAGCAUAACAGGGCACUAUGCUCCGGCAGCGGUGGAGGCGUCGUAGAUGUGCUCGGGUCACAGGUACAGAGUAGCAGGCGUCGUAUUGCGGCUCCCUUGCCGUUGCACUAGUUAUCUAAGGCCAAGACAGCUUUCCACCUUUAGACGU